AUGCAAAUAAAUUAGCCAGAUAUAAAAAUAUAAAGUUCCUUCUAAGAUACAAGAGAUGAACUUUAGUAGAAUAUACUCGCUAACUAGAGCUUAAAUUCAUCUAAGAAUUAGAUAGAGUAUUGCAAAGCUAAUUUUAUUUAAAAUAACAUAGAGUUCAACUAAAAUGAAGAUGUUGAAGAUUUACAAUUUAUAUCAAAAGACAUACAAAAUUUUGUCAAAGUGGCUGCGGAUAAUUCAUAAAUAAAUAAUGAUCAGGAAAAAAUUCAACAUGAAAACAAAGAAUGGGAUGAAGGUUUAAUUGUAUUUAAUAACAUAGAAGAAUAGAUAUCUUUCUAGUAAACAAACGAGUUUUAGAAUAAUGAGUAAAUAAAAGUAAUUCAAAACUCGCAAAAUUCUAAAAAAAAAAUAGAGAUAGAAUAGCUAGCAUUAAAUUUUGAAAAUAUUAAAGGAGAUUAAAUAUUUUAAAAAAUGGAGAAUGAUCAGAUAGAGCAAUUUGGGAAUUACUCUGAAAAAUAGGAGAACAAAUAAAAGUUAGAAAAUUCUGUUCAAUACUUGAUAGAAAGAUCAAAUAACCUUGAUAUUUAAAUCAAAGAGAACAAAUAAGAAGAAAAUCUUAAUAAAAUCCUAAUGAAUUCUUUCAAAGGAGAAGGCGUGGUUUUAAAUAAGGGAAAGUUUUUGCUAAAGAGAUCUAAUUCUGAAUUAUAUAUUUCAAACGAGCCCAAUUAAAAAAAUAAUUAUGAUUAAAAUAAAAAUUAAAAGAGAAUGUUAUCUGCUAACGAUAUUAUUGAUCUGGAUCAAUCUACAAAUUAAAUAUUUACAAAAGCAACUACUAUCCUAAAAGACGAUUCAAAAGAAAAUCUAGACAUCAAUCAAGAUAUAAUUCAAAAUCAGGAGUUAAAAGUGUAGGAAUCUAAAGGAUAGUAAGUGGAUGAUGAGAAUCAAAAUUUGAGAAAUGUAGAAUAAAUUGCUCCUUUAUAGGAAGCCAAUCAGAUAAUAAAUUAAGAAAACUAAGCUUAGAAUGCGAGUCAGUAAGAAAUUCAAUUGUAAUAAAAUAAUAAUUAAAACUAACCUUAAGAUUAGGCUGUUGUAGCUCCACAAAACUAAAGUGAUGAAUAUUCAUUCUAGUUGUAAUAAACUUAGGCAUAUAUCUCUUCAUUGAGGUAUAGACUAGAGCUUAGAACACAAUCAAUUAAUUCCUUGAAUAGCAUUUUAUGUUAAAAACUGAAAUUCAAGAAAAUUCAAUUGAUUAUAUAUUAUUUUCCUCUCUGUAUAGGAUUCUUAUAUCUUAUGAUCAGGAAUGCAUCUUAAUUUUGUAAUGCUACAAUACUUGCGCACUUCUGUCUUUAUACGCUCUUCUCGUUUAGAAAUUUUCUUUUAAAUAUUUAUGUAUAUAUGAAAUCAUAGCAACAUCUAAGUACUUUGAAUCUAUAUGAAGUUAACAUUCUCAGUCAUGAUCUUUUCUUUUACCUGAUUUCUGAUUUAUAAAUUUAAUACAAAAAGUAAAAAGAUUUACAGAACAAGAUAGAAUAAAUAAGUAUUUAACAGCCUUAAGAUUAGGAAUAAGCUAAUUAAAAUGACAAUAUCAGCAACAACAAUAAUAAUAUAAAUAAUGCUAGUAUUCAAAACAAUUAGGUCAUUAAUAUUCCUUAAAAUAAUUAUAUGUUAGCAUAGUAAAAUGUUUAAAUAUAAAACAAUUAAUAUGUUGCAAAUAACAAUAUAUCAAUGCAUUAAAUUGAUCAAGCAAUCCCCGAAGAGUAUGUAUAAUUAAUUAUGACUGCAAUAAAAUAUUAGUAAAGCUUACAACAAUAGUAAUCUCAAGUAAAUAAUAUUGUUAAUUAAAAUAGAGCAAAUAAUAAUUCUAAUAAUUAGUAAUAUUCCAAUAAUAAUAGUAAUAGCAAUUAAAAUUAAAUUUCAUUUUAAGGUUUCAACAAUAAUAAUAAUGUAGUUUUUAAUAAUUAAAUAAAUAAUAACAAUAAUCAAAAUAGUAAUAACAAUAUUUAAAACCUCCAAGUUAAUUCUAAUGGAUAAAUAAAUAGUAAUACUUCAAACAGUAACAACAAUAUUGAUAAUCCUAAUUUAAUUGAAGCAUAAUGUGAAUAAAAUGCUUAAAAUGUCAAUGAAGCUAACUAAAAUAAAUAAAGCAAAUAAAAUAUUUCAGCUAUAGAAAACUAUUACUUGAUUCAAGUUUUUAAUUUAACAAUCAAAAUUAUUAAGGACACUAAUAUUUUAUAAAAUAUAUUACUAAACUCUCCUAAUAUCAGAGAAAAUAGGGUGAGCUAUGAUUAUUAUCAGAAGCAUUUACUUUAAAUAAAUCACAUAAACCGUUCUAAUAUAAAAGAUACUGAUUAUUUAUUAGAUAAUAAUUAGCAAAUGCUCUACCAAAUUAAUUCAAACUUAAUUUAAAGAGAAAUUGAAGUUAUAAUAAAGUACAAAGACAGGCUUUUGCUGUCUAAAAUAAUGAGAGUCUAUUCAUUUCUUGAAGAAUACUAUUUGGUAAUAUACAACUUGCUUGAAUUCACUUUUUCUUUUUGUUACCCAUCUGAAAUAAAUGUUGCAAUAGUAUUUAGCUUUUAUUACUCAAUAGUAAAUUGGUUAUAGAUUAUAAUUGUGACUGUUGCUCUAAUUUUCAUGCUGAUAGCUCUCAUUUUCUAUCUCUUUUUCUAAUUAUUAGCUUGUAAGAGUAAAAAAGAAUUAAAAACUCACUCUCUCAACGACAUUAAAAACACACUUUAAUCUACUAAAAAGUAUACUGAAUAGGAAUUAUCAGAGCUUUGCUGUAUCAUUUGCUUAGUUGAAUUUGAAGAGAAAGAUUAAGUUUACUUAUCUGAUUGCUGUAAAAGGUGUUUUCAUAAAGGCUGUAUAAUAGAAUGGUUCAAAGUAAAUUAAAAAUGUCCAAUGUGCAGAGCUGUUGCUCUGUAUUGA